AUGGAAGCUCCGAUGAAUUUGGACGAGGUUGUGAAUUCAUUCAAAAAUAGAGUCGAUCAGCUUUCUCGAGACUGGGACGCAAUUAAGUCAUCCUUCGUCGGCUCUCAAGAUGAAGAACUAAAGCAGCUCAAAGUUAAAUUCGAUUUAAUACAGGAGCAGAAUUCGGUAAUACUGAUUGAUUUGUAUCAGCUCAAAAAAUUCCUAAACUUGGAAGAUAACAACUAUAAUAACGUAUUCAGCACAGUCUUAGACUCUCCUGCUGGCGCGCUCCAUUUUCCAACAGCAUCUUCGGAGCGCUAUGCGGAGAACGCAGUACCUGCUACCUCUGGAGUGACAUACCUUGGCUCUGUUGAGCAGCCCCGGAUACAUGACACGCAAAGUGCGCUUCGUACUCAGCAGCUCUAUAGUUCUGCGUCAUCAAAAAUUCAAGAAAAGCAUCCCGUUCAUUUACACUCUCUGUGGUCUGAGAUACACUCGCCCUUAAUUAAUGAUGAGAUCUCCUAUUGGAAAAAGACACGGAGCCCAAUGUCGCCACAACUUUUCUCGCACCUACGCCAACAAAACCCAAAACCAACCAUAAAUGAUGAAAAUGACGCUACUGAGUACUUGGGACUUUCAAAAUUGAUCGGCGUUGAAACACCGUCCAAAAACCCUCGUGAGAAAACUCAUGGGAAGCUUCAAAUGAAGCCUCUAAACAGCAGCCUCCUCAAAAGCGGUCAGACGCCAUGCAGUUCUAGGCACUUAAGGUAUGCCAAAGACGCAAAGGAUAUUAGUGCAUAUGUUUUAAAAAUGAGCGGCAAUCCAAAAACAGUCGGGGACAUGUAUUAUGAAUACGAACAUCAACUUAGACCACAAAUCCUUGAAUUUGAGAAAAGAUACGGCAAGGGCCAGAUAUCGAGGCUACCUAAAGUUCGGACAUACCAGCGGCGCCGCGCUUUGAUAAAUGAAAUUGAAAAGUUUGCAAGACGAGAGGGGAAGUCCAUUGAAGAAGCAGUGCAGUAUUUUGAAGAAAUACGAACUCAGAACAAGAAAACUGUUCCAUGGCUAUACAACAACUUGAAUCGCAUCUUGCAAAAGUAUUGUUAA